UUUCUCUCAGGGGGAUUUAUCUUUAACACCCUGCAAUGCUGUAAAUGUCUUAGUUAGACCUAUUGUCCGUGCUUGGUAGGAAAUGGCCCACAAUGUUGUUGUGCAACUGACUGUAAACUGGUGGGGUGCACUUUGGAGUACUGCAGAACUAAAAUGCAAAGAGGGACAGAAGGCUACAGAAAAAGGAUUAUUGCUGUGUGGCACGUCUCCCCUCAGAUGUUAAUACUUACUGGUGUGUUCCUGCGGUACAAAGAAAGGAUGUUAUAAUGGAACAGUGACACCCAUGCUGUUUGCCCAAUAUUGAGUGGAAGUAGGCAACAAGUCCCAGCUAAAAUUGAACAAUGAACCGUUCUGCUUUGUUUCCCAUGCUAAUUGUCUUUUCCAUGAUGAGUUUUUGUGUAACAAACAAAGCACAGGCAGGGAGGCAGAGUCUAAGGCUCCACGAGCUUAACAAGAAGCUGCACAUGUCACUGCAUCGACUCAAACGCGGCUGGAUUUGGAAACAGUUAUUUGCCCCAGAAGAAGAUCCGACUCCACGAACAAUUGGGAAGCUCAAAUCAACCUUUGACAAAGGGGACCUUUCAAUUAAGUACAUAUUGUCUGGGGAAGGUGCGGGGGAGAUGUUCAAGAUAGAUGAAUAUUCAGGUGACAUUCGAACUUUAAAGAAGCUGGACAGAGAGGAGAAGGCCUUCUAUGUUCUUCGAGCCCAGGCCUUAGACAGGAAAUCCAACCAACCGGUGGAACCCGAGUCAGAAUUCAUAAUCAAGGUCCAGGACAUCAACGACAACAUGCCACAGUUCAUAAAUGAACCCUACGUGUCCAGCAUUUCUGAAAUGUGUCCCGUGGGGACCACAGUGGUGCAGGUGACAGCCACAGAUGCUGAUGAUCCACUGUAUGGGAACAAUGCCAAGCUCAUCUACUCCAUACUACAAGGGGAGCCAUACUUCUCUGUGGAGCCCAAGACAGGGAUCAUUGUGACCUCAUGGCCAAACAUGGACAGAGAGGCCCAGGAGAAGUACCUGGUGAUUGUGCAGGUGAAAGACAUGAUGGGUCUUACUGGGGGUUAUUCUGCCACCACUACAGUCACCAUUAGCCUGUCUGAUGUCAACGAUAAUGGACCCACCUUCCAACACAACCGCUUCACCUUCGUUGUGGCAGAGUCUGCCCCCAUUGGUACCACUGUGGGCAGGAUCAUGGCAGAUGAUGCUGAUGUUGGCAUCAAUGCCAGGAUGAACUACAGUCUGAAGGAGGCAGAGGGCAGUGACACGUUCCAGAUUCACACUGAUCCUGUGACACAGGAGGGAGUUAUACUGCUCGCCAAGCCUCUGGACUACGAAAGCAUGAGACGGUUUGUCAUAGAUGCAGAAGCAUUCAAUGAUAAUGUGGACACUCGCUUCCUAAGUUACAGCGAGUUCCGUGACCAGACAACGCUACACAUACGCGUGGAAGAUGUGGACGAGCCCCCAGUCUUCACCACUCAAAAGUAUGAGUGGAAAAUCCAUGAAAACUUGCCAGCGGGUACGACAGUCGGCGCUGUCAGUGCCAGGGACUCGGAUGCAGCAAAAAAUCCCGUUAGGUAUCACAUUGAUAAGGGCACUGAUAUGAAAAAAAUGUUUAAAAUAGACCCAGACAAUGGAACAAUUACUGUUGCUAAAUCCCUGGACCGAGAGGCUGCAUCUUUGUAUAAUUUUACUGUUACAGCAAAAGAGACAAAACAAAAUUAUUUAUUUUCUUCUGCAAUGGUUUUCAUCAAAGUUUUGGAUGUAAAUGACAAUGCUCCCCAGUUCUCCCAAGAGUAUCAGCCAUACAUCUGUGAAGGGGUGCAGUCAGGUGAGCUCGUCCAGGUGAUCAGUGCUGUGGACCAGGAUGACCCUCCAGAGGGGCACCAUUUCUACUUUUCCAUGGUUCCAGAAAAGCACAUCAACCCUAACUUCACCCUUAGAGACAACCAAGAUAACACUGCAAGUGUCCUGACCCGCAGAAGCUCCUUCACUCGGCAAGACCGUACCCAUUACCUUUUGCCCAUUCUGACCGCUGACAGUGGCACCCCAGCGCUCACCAGCACUACCACCCUCACCAUCAGUGUGUGCAGCUGCCACCCUGCCGGGCACUGUCCCACCGGUGGAGUGGAGGCCUUUGCCCUUUCCAUGAGCCUCAGCAUCCAGACGCUCAUUGGUAUUCUGGUCUGCCUGCUCACACUCACAGUCCUGUCAAUACUAAUGCUGGCAGUGAGGAAGCACAGGAAGCAGGAGCAGCAGGGGGAGCAGGGGCAAGGGGAGAAGACGGAGCAGUGGGAGGAGGUUUCAGAAAAGGUCCUGCGCUACUCAGAGAUGGGCGUCUGCGGCAGUGACUCAGGAGCCUGCCGUCCAGUCCCUCUCAGGCCCCACCCAGGACGCAGGGAGCGCAGGCUUAGGAGAGAGGAGGUCGCAGCCAGCAUUCGAAUGUCCCUACGUCAGUCCUAUCUCAUAGGUCCCGAGGAUGAGGUCUUUCGUCAGUUCAUCCUGGAUCGGCUUUCCGAUGCCGACGGCGACCCCUACGCUCCCCCCUUUGACUGCCUACGGACUUAUGCCUUUGAGGGGACGGGGUCUGCCACUGGAUCCCUCAGCUCUCUGGGCUCCUUUAUCUCGGAACCUAACUUUGAGCGACCCUGUGAUGUGGGGCAGAGGUUCAUGCGGCUGACACUUUGGAACGGGGCCAAAGAGGAGCAGACAACUUUCUGAGCUCCACUCUCAUCUGUAGUUGGACCGAACAAGAUGGACUAUGAUGGUCAGGAAAGUUUUCCCUCUCUUCCCUAGCUCGUAAUGUUGGGACUGUCAAAUAGAUUCAUUUAAAGUGAUGUCUUUCCUAUUUUUAUCAUGCAGUGCCUGAAAAUCAUUUUAACAAUAUG